CAGCGGCCAUAUCCAAUGCGUCAUUACGUAUGCAAAUACUAUUAUGGUAAAGGUUGCCAUUGCUAUGACAACCUAACAAAGUGAUCAAAGAAAAUAAACAAAAAAAUGUUACUUUCUAGGUCUAACAAUGACAUGGGAACAUGCUGACAGGGGAGAGCCGUAUUAACUGUGCACGCCAAUUUCAGUGAUGGACAAGAGCUAGAAUCUGAAUUUAAUGAAAACCGCGCAGCCACGUUGGCAAAUAACCGUGGUUAUUGCUGGAUAAAACAGCAGUUCCUGAUCAACACAUCCGUGCCAGUUCAAAUAUCACAGUCGUUCUUGACGAGGGUUUCAUUUAAGAAUUCCACGUUCCAAAACUUGCAUAAGUGAGACUUUCUGGCGAUUUGUUCCAUUUUACUCUGUCACAACCUGUAUUUCUCAGUAAGACUUGCGAAAUUGUUCACACGGUCCGAAACCAUUUUGCAAGAUGAGGCUGAUCUGCUGGAUGAGUGUUGUUGCCAUCGUGCGUACGUGUGUUUACGCCGAGGCUUGCCAACCCGCCCAGGAGAGAUUCGGGGGUUCUUGCUAUCAACUCCUGGCCGAGAAAAUGACGUGGGACCAAGGUGAUGCUGCCUGCUCGGAGAUGGGCGCUGGCUUGGCGGUUCCUAACUCCUUGGAGGAACAUCAGUUCAUCUGGGAGAUGUUCACGGCAAACGUCACCUUGGGGGACCUUUGGAUCGGAUGUAACGACAGGGAGGAGGAAGGCAAGUGGGUGGAGUCUGGUGAGGGAGGAGAAUGCAACUUCGUCAAUUGGGCAUCAGGAGAACCAAUUGUGGGAGACUGUAUGCAACUGUGGCGAGAUCAAAACGGCCUCAUGGAUGACACUGCCUGCGACAAUCUGAUAUUCGUCACCUGUGAGAGUCCCGUUCCGCUUGCCGUGCCCACGAUGUUCUGCCUGCAAAGCUACGCCGACGCCCGCUCCCCAUCCCACUGCCUCACCGGUCACGUCAUCAAGGAGUUCUUGGCCAAGGGUGUCAUCGCGUGCGGCUCGGCGUGCCGGGGUGAGCCUGGAUGCCGCUCCUUCAAUCUGCGCCGAGGCGGCCCCGGAGAGAUGAUUUGCCAGCUGAAUAGCAUCACCCGUAACGAAGCUGACGGGAAGAACAUACGACUGGACAACGGCUGCAAAUAUUUCGAAUUCUAAAUGCUCAACAUCAUCGGCAAUACGC